UCCAAAAUUAAUUUCGAACAGAUCUAGUAGGGUUUUAGCGUAUUAGGGGUUUUCCAAGAGAAGGGAAAUAUCCUGCUACCAAGACUCAAGUAGUCACUGAAAUCCAGAUAAGGUUCCAAAAUAUCCAUAAAAAAUUCCAUAUAGAUGCAUUUCCAUUGAAAUUGUCUCCAUCUUUUUCUAUGGCUGCAAAAUUCUCCACUGGUCUAGACAUCCAUUGCAGUAUACCUUACACCUCAGACACAAAGCUGCCUUAUGGAUUUUCAUCAAGAUUAGCCAUCAAAAGAUUGACUAUUCUUUGCAAUUCUACUUCCAAAUCUCCAAAACCUCCACCAAAUGUUGUAGAUUCUCCAGGAAAAAACCCAUCUCUUUCUGAACAGCUAAAGCCACUUUCCAACACCAUUCUUGAUGACCCACCCAACCAGGCAAGAAUUCUUUCUAAGCCAAAGUCCACUUGGGUGAACCCCACCAGGCCUAAACCUUCUGUUCUAUCUUUACAGCGUCAGAAGAGGUCUUCUUACUCUUACAAUCCUCAAAUUAGGGACCUUAAGAAAUUUGCCAGGAGGCUGAGUGAUUGCCACUUCUCUGAUGAUGGUUUCUUGGCUGUUCUUGAAGAUAUCCCACAUCCACCCACUAGAGUUAAUGCUUUGUUGGUGCUUAAUAGCUUGAGACCUUGGCAAAAGACUCUUCUUUUUUUCAAUUGGAUCAAGACCCAGAAUUUGUUUCCCCUUGAAACCAUCUUUUAUAAUGUUGCUAUGAAAUCUCUGAGGUUUGGGAGGCAGUUUCAGAAGAUAGAGGAACUUGCUUAUGACAUGAUUGAAAGUGGGAUUGACUUGGAUAAUAUUACUUAUUCUACUAUUAUCACUUGUGCCAAAAGGUGUAAUCUUUUUGACAAGGCAGUGGAGUGGUUUGAAAGGAUGUAUAAGACUGGUUUGAUGCCUGAUGAAGUCACUUAUUCUGCAGUUUUGGAUGUGUAUGCUCAGUUAGGGAAGGUUGAGGAGGUGAUGAGCUUGUAUGAGAGAGGUAGAGCUAGUGGGUGGACUCCUGACCCUGUUGCUUUUGCUGUGUUGGCUAAAGUGUUUGGUGCUGCUGGGGAUUAUGAUGGUAUUAGGUUUGUGUUGCAAGAAAUGAAGUCACUCGAGGUGCAGCCUAAUCUGGUUGUGUAUAAUACAUUGUUAGAAGCAAUGGGAAAGGCUGGGAAGCCUGGUUUGGCUAGGAGUCUGUUUGAGGAAAUGGUGGAAUCAGGGCUUCGCCCCGAUGCCAAGACAUUAACAGCACUGAUCAAGAUUUAUGGAAAGGCAAGGUGGGCUAGAGAUGCUUUGGAACUUUGGGAAAGAAUGAAGUCUAAUGGAUGGCCUAUGGACUUCAUUUUGUACAAUACAUUGUUAAGUAUGUGUGCUGAUCUUGGGUUGGAGGAAGAGGCCGAGACGCUGUUUGAUGAUAUGAGGAGAUCGGAGCACUGUAGACUUGAUAGUUGGAGCUAUACAGCAAUGCUUAACAUAUAUGGAAGUGUAGGAAAUGCAGAGAAAGCUAUGGCUUUGUUUGAGGAAAUGUCUAAAGUAGGGGUUGAGCUUAACGUUAUGGGAUGCACUUGUUUGGUUCAGUGCUUUGGAAGAGCAAAAAGAAUUGAUGAUUUGGUUAAGGUGUUCGAAGCUUCAGUAGAGAGAGGAGUCAAGCCAGAUGACAGACUUUGUGGUUGCUUGCUCUCGGUUGUGUCCUAUUGCAAGGGCAACGAUGCAGAUAAAGUCCUUACUUGUCUGCAACAAGCUAACCCAAGAUUGGCAGCCUUUGUCAAGCUGCUAGAAGAUGAGAGCACCAGCUUUGACAUUUUGAAAGAAGAGUUCCGGUCCAUACUGAGCAAUACAUCAGAUGAUGCCAGAAGGCCCUUCUGUAAUUGUCUAAUUGAUAUAUGCAGAAACAAAAAUCGCUCAGAGAGAGCUCAUGAGCUUCUGUACUUGGGAACCGUAUAUGGACUAUACCCAGGUUUACAUACUAAGACACCAGAGGAGUGGCGAUUGAAUGUCCGAGCACUAUCAGUUGGUGCAGCUCAUACUGCAUUUGAAGAAUGGAUGGGAACACUGGCUAGAAUUGUGCAAAGUCAAGAACCCUUGCCAGAAGUGUUAUCGGCUAACACUGGAGCAGGGACUCACAAGUUCUCACAGGGUCUGGCAAAUGCCUUUGCUUCUCAUGUGGAGAAGCUAUCUGCUCCCUUCAAACAGAGUGAAGAAAAGGCUGGUUUCUUCAUUGCAACUCGCGAAGAUGUAGUGUCAUGGGUACAAUCAAAGGCUGCUGCAACUGCAUAGAUCAUAUUUCACCUAGUUGUGAUCAGUAAUUAGGAAUAUGGGUUGUAAUAAACUUGAUUGAUGUAUGUUACGUAACUGAAACUACGCAGCCAUUUGCAUUUAGAAAGUAUUGAACUUAUAUGCAUAAAAUA